CAGACGAUGGUUGAUGUUUCGCACCAGCUCAAAAAGUGAAUUUGAAAAGAGUUUUUUUUCCUGUUUGCAGAUUCUGUGAAACAGAUUUGAAGAUGGUGGCAAUCCUCUUGUUACUCAGGCUCCUCUUUGUUUCAGGAGCUUUGGCUGCUUGUUCUUAUAAAAAAUUCUGCAUCACUGCACCACAGAUGAUAGAAGCUCUACAUGGAUCCUGUUUGCAGAUCCCUUGUAACUUUAGUUUUCAACCAACACAGGACUUUGCAGGAAAAAACAUUGGUGUGUGGAUUAAAGGGGACCCCAGAUUUGAAACAUUUCCACAAAAUGUGAUCUUCAAUGGCAGCAGGACAGAGAACGAUCCAGUGAAGAUUAUCGGAAACCUGAGCCAGAAAAACUGCACCAGUGUAUUUAACAAUUUGAACAAAACCUACACAGAUAAAUUCUUCUUCAGAGUUGAAAGACAAAAUUUCCGUGCAACAGCUGUUUGUUGCCCUCUUCAAAUAAACGUUACAGAUAUUCCGCCAAGACCCAGAAUUGAAAUGUCAGGUGACCUGAAGGAGGGAAAGUCUCUCACUAUGACCUGCUCAGCUCCCACCCCCUGUCCUCACUCCCCUCCCAAACUGACCUGGGGCCAUAAAGAACAGCCUCACAACAACAUACAUGUAAAUGCUGAUGGAACCCUUACAACUGAAAUCAAGAGAAACAUCACCUUGUCAGACAAAUAUGAUGGAUGCAACAUCACCUGUUCGGCCAUAUAUCCUGUGAAUGGAGGAAAACAUGUUGAGACAACUCCAGUUAAAGUGACUCUCAACAUUUCCUAUGCCCCCAAGGACACAAUGGCAUCCAUUAGUUCGUCACUGUCGGCAGAUGGAUGGGUGAACCUGACCUGCACCAGCAGAGCCAAUCCUCCUGUCAACCACUUCAUCUGGUUCAAGGUGAACCCUGAUGGAGCCACAAACGUUUCGGAAGGAGUCGUUUACAGAGUCAGUGCCACCGAUGGAGGAGUUUAUUUCUGUAAGGCGACUAAUGCUCUUGGUUGCCAGAAGUCACCCAAACUUCAUCUGAAUGUUAAAGAACAUUUACGAUGGGAGCCAGUUCUUGGAGGAAUUGCUGGGAUCGUCUGUCUCAUCUGCUUAAUUAUCUGUGUUUGGUAUUUAAGGUCAACACAUCCAACAAUACAACAGACUCAGAGUCAAACAGGAGAAGAGCUGGUCAUCCAAAACUCAGGCACAAAAACAGAGGAAGAAAUCAUCCAUUACAGUGAGAUUAAUUUCUCCAAGCAGCGAGCUGGGCUGUCCUCAGACUCACUGUGGGACGGGGGGCAGCAGCAGGACACGAUAUAUGCACAGGUCAAAGUGUCCAAGACAGGAAACAGUUCCACACAAGCCCCUGAUAACCAAUGAGAAGUGAAGAAAAAAUUAGUCAUGUUUGGUUUGUGUGUCAGAUCGAACUACUACUACGUUUUUUAUAUUCAUUCAAAUAAAAGUCCCAAAGGCUUCAAUAGUUAGUCUACACACAUCAAAUAUAGGAUAAUAUUUCAAGUUAAAUGUGUUAUUUUUUAAAUAUAGGGGUCAGGGGUAAAAAAUUAUCCCGUUAGAGUACAAACUGUGUGUCCUAUAUUUUAUAUAUUCUUCUGUAAAACUGGAGACUUAAAGAAAUCCAAAGUGUAGGACACUCACAUGGAGGAAGCAGGAUUCAUUUUUCCUGUAUUAGCUGUAAAUGGGUUAGGGUUA